AUGAUCAGAGAGCUCACUGUACAGGACACUGGGACGUACCAGUGUGGAGUUGAUAGACGUGCAGCGAAAGACAUUUAUACAUCGGUGGAACUGAAGGUCAAGGAAGAUCUGUCCUAUGAGAAGUCCAUCAAUGAGACUGUUCAUGUUGGAGGAGAUUUGAACAUCAGCUGUAAAUACCCAGGAUCCCUCAGGAGUGACCCCAAGUUCCUCUGCAAGAAGAGGCUGCAACAAUCUGCUUGUUUUUAUAAAGAAUCUGUUAAAGAAAGUAGAAAGUAUGUAAAUGAGGGGAAAUUCUCCCUGCAUGAUGACAGAGCAAAACAAAUCUUCACUGUGAUUAUUAGAAAUGUGACUGAGCAGGACUCUGGUGAAUACUGGUGUGGAGCUGACGCAGCCUUGACAUCUGAUCAUGGAUACAAGGUUUAUUUGACACAGAUUAACCUGAGAGCUACUGGUUCCUCUUACUGUCCGAGUUUGAGGAGAUUAAAGACACCUCAUGACUUUCUGCCUCAGACGCUGGAACUUCCACAGUUUAACUCUUCUGCUCAAUGA